AAGAGCCAAAGAUGUCGGCUCGCUCAUGUGAUCAGCUGUGUCCAAUUACAGCUGAUCACUGAUCAUCAGGGCACUGAUGAUCAGUGUGCCCUGAUAAUCAGUGUGGCCCCAGAAGUGCCACCUGUCAGUGUCCAUCAGUGCCAGCUGCCAGUGCUGAAAAGUGCCACUUGCCAAUGCCACAUCAAUGCCACAUAUCAGUGCCUACCAGUGCACAUCAAUGCCACAUAUCAGUGCCCAUCUGAGCUGCCUUUCAGUGCCGCCUGUCAGUGCCGCCUGUCAAUGCCGCCUGUCAAUGCCUAUCAGUGCCACCUACCAGUG